AUGGUUGAUUACGUCCCUCUCCCUCAAGGAGCUGGUUAUGCUGUUGUCGUUGGGCUUGGAUUUGUCUUUGCCGUGGGUAUGAUUUUAACUACAUACGUUCUUCGUCGUUAUAACAAGGAAAUCAUCACUGCUGAAGAAUUUGCUACCGCCGGUAGAUCUGUUAAGACAGGUCUUAUCGCUGCUGCUGUUUGUUCCUCUUGGACUUGGGCUGCUACUUUGUUGACUUCUACUGUGCAAACGUAUAACAAUGGUGUUUGUGGUGCCUUUUACUAUGCUGCUGGUGCAACUUGUCAGAUUGUCUUGUUCGCCUGUUUAGCCAUCAAGGCCAAGGAAUUGUGUCCAUCUGCUCACACUUACUUGGAAAUUAUUAAGGCUAGAUACGGUAGAACCACCCAUUUCGUCUACAUGUUUUUCGGAAUUGCUACUAACAUCUUGGUCACUGCCAUGUUGUUAACUGGUGGUUCUGCUGUGGUGAAUGACUUGACAGGAAUGCACGUUGUUGCUGCCAUCUUACUUUUGCCAUUGGGUGUUGUUAUUUAUACCUUGUUCGGGGGUAUCAAGGCCACCUUCUUGACCGAUUAUGUCCACACUGUGGUCAUUAUUGUCAUUAUCUUGGUCUUUUCCUUCACCACUUUCGCUACUGAUCCUAACUUGGGAUCUCCUGGUGCCGUUUGGGAAAAGGUUACCGCUUACGCCUUAGAAUCUCCAAGAGAAGGAAAUGCUGAAGGUUCUUACUUGACCAUGCACUCCAGAUCUGGUGGUAUCUUCUUCGUAAUUAACAUUGUUGGUAACUUCGGUACCGUUUUCUUAGAUAACGGUUACUUCAACAAGGCCUUUUCCUCUUCUCCAAGAGCUGCUUUGCCAGGUUAUGUUCUUGGUGGUUUAGCUUGGUUUGCUAUCCCAGUUUUAUGUGCCACUACCAUGGGUCUAGCUGCUCUUUCUUUGGAAGACACUCCAGCUUGGCCAACUUACCCAAACAAAUUGACUUCUGCUCAAGUUUCAGCUGGUUUGGUUUUACCAAAUGCCGCUGUUGCCCUUUUAGGUAAGGGUGGUGCCGUAUGCUCCUUAUUAUUAGUCUUUAUGGCUGUCACCUCAGCCAUGUCUGCUGAAUUAAUUGCCGUCUCCACUAUUUUCACUUAUGAUGUCUACAGAACCUAUGUUAACCCUAAUGCUAGUGGAAAGACUUUAAUCUUUACAUCUCAUUGCACUGUUAUUGUUUUUGCUUACGUCUUAGCAGGUUUUGCUAUUGGAUUAUACUACGCUGGUAUCUCCAUGGGUUGGUUGUAUGAAUUUAUGGGAAUCAUUAUUGGUGGUGGUGUUUUGCCAGCUGCUUUAACCUUAUUGUCCACAAAGCAAAACACGGUUGCUGCCACUUAUACUCCAAUUUUAGCUACUGCCUUCGCUAUUCUCGGUUGGUUAGUUUCUACCAAGACUUUAUUCGGUGAAGUUAACGUUGAUACUACCUUUGAAGACAACUCCAUGUUAAUUGGAAAUGUUAUUGCUUUAUGUUCUCCAAUUAUCUUCAUUCCAUUGUUGACAUUGAUUUUCAAGCCUCAAAAUUUUGAUUGGGAAAUCUUGAAGACUGUCACCAGAGUUGAUGAAGAAGAAGAAAUCUUGGCUGCUGAACACGUUGUUUCCUCAAAGGAAGACCCAGAGAAGAUCCACCCAGUUAAGUCUCAAGUAACUAUCGCUGCUAAAGAAUUAGCUUUGUUGAAUCCAAAUGCUGCUGAAGAAGAGGCUGCCUUAUUAAAUAAGUCAUUUAAAAUCGCCUCUAUUAUCUGUGUUGCCUUGACUCUCUGUUUGGUUAUUCUCUGGCCAAUGCCUAUGUAUGGUUCCAAGUAUAUCUUCUCCAAGAAGUUUUUCACCGGUUGGAUUGUUGUCUUGAUCAUCUGGAUGUUCUUCACUGCUUUCAUGGUUAUCAUUUAUCCAUUAUAUGAAUCUCGUGAAGGAAUUGGCCAUGCUCUUAGAGGUAUCUACUGGGACUGUACUGGUCAAACUUGGAAGUUGAGAGAAUGGCAAAAUGCUCAUCCUGAGCAAUUACACGCUGUUAGAUCUCAGUUAUCAGCUCAAUUGUCACAACCAAUCGACGGAGUCCAUCCAGAAGGAUAUACUACUCCACGUAUCGAUGAACAAUUGGACGAAAUUAAGAAUGAAUAA